AUGUUGUACCUGUGCUCAGGUAGAGACUCCACCCAUGAGAGGUUGAUUGAGAUUAUUAUGAUGGACACCAUACCUCACUCAGAUAGAGACUCCACCCAUCAGAGGGUGAUUGAGGGUAGAGAUUCCACCCAUGAGAGGUUGAUUGAGGUUAUUAUGAUGGACACCAUACCUCACUCAGGUAGAGAUUCCACCCAUGAAAGGUUGAUUGAGGUUAUUAUGAUGGACACCAUACCUCACUCAGAUAGAGACUCCACCCAUGAAAGGGUGAUUGAGGUUAUUAUGAUGGACACCAUACCUCACUCAGAUAGAGACUCCACCCAUCAGAGGGUGAUUGAGGGUAGAGAUUCCACCCAUGAGAGGUUGAUUGAGGUUAUUAUGAUGGACACCAUACCUCACUCAGAUAGAGACUCCACCCAUCAGAGGGUGAUUGAGGGUAGAGACUCCACCCAUGAAAGGUUGAUUGAGGUUAUUAUAAUGGACACCAUACCUCACUCAGAUAGAGACUCCACCCAUGAGAGCGUGAUUGAGGUUAUUAUGAUGGACACCAUACCUCACUCAGAUAGAGACUCCAUCCAUGAGAGCAUGAUUGAGGUAGAGACUCCACCCAUGAGAGGUAGAGACUCCACCCAUGAAAGGUUGAUUGAGGUUAUUAUGAUGGACACCAUACCUCACUCAGAUAGAGACUCCACCCAUGAAAGGGUGAUUGAGGUUAUUAUGAUGGACACCAUACCUCACUCAGAUAGAGACUCCACCCAUCAGAGGGUGAUUGAGGGUAGAGAUUCCACCCAUGAGAGGUUGAUUGAGGUUAUUAUGAUGGACACCAUACCUCACUCAGAUAGAGACUCCACCCAUCAGAGAGUGAUUGAGGGUAGAGAUUCCACCCAUGAAAGGUUGAUUGAGGUUAUUAUGAUGGACACCAUACCUCACUCAGGUAGAGACUCCACCCAUGAAAGGUUGAUUGAGGUUAUUAUGAUGGACACCAUACCUCACUCAGGUAGAGAUUCCACCCAUAAGAGGUUGAUUGAGGUUAUUAUGAUGGACACCAUACCUCACUCAGAUAGAGACUCCACCCAUCAGAGGGUGAUUGAGGGUAGAGAUUCCACCCAUGAGAGGUUGAUUGAGGUUAUUAUGAUGGACACCAUACCUCACUCAGAUAGAGACUCCACCCAUCAGAGGGUGAUUGAGGGUAGAGACUCCACCCAUGAAAGGUUGAUUGAGGUUAUUAUGAUGGACACCAUACCUCACUCAGAUAGAGACUCCACCCAUGAGAGCAUGAUUGAGGUUAUUAUGAUGGACACCAUACCUCACUCAGAUAGAGACUCCACCCAUGAGAGCGUGAUUGAGGUUAUUAUGAUGGAUGUUGUACCUGUGCUCAGAGAUUCCACCCAUGAGAGGUUGAUUGAGGUUAUUAUGAUGGACACCAUACUUCACUCAGAUAGAGACUCCACCCAUCAGAGGGUGAUUGAGGGUAGAGACUCCAUCCAUGAAACGGUGAUUGAGGUUAUUAUGAUGGCCACCAUACCUCACUCGGAUAGAGACUCCACCCAUGAGAGGGUGAUUGAGGUUAUUAUGAUGGACACCAUACCUCACUCAGACAGAGACUCCACCCAUGAGAGCGUGAUUGAGGUUAUUAUGAUGGAUGUUGUACCUGUGCUCAGGAGAGUUAAUGCACUGCGCCAGAAACGAGAUCUCUUCCGUGAGGAGACCGUCAGUGCAGUGUUGUCUGAUUCAUCUCUCCGUCGAAGUGUCCUGCGUAAUUAUACAACUCGAGAUGCAUCUACAGAGUAUUGCGGGUGUCUUAAUGGUGGCUGGUGUCAGGAGGGGGGGCAGUGUGACUGUGCACAGUUCCAGGCUCUGGGAGAUCGCUGCCAGAUCAUUCCCAACCUCGGGCAGGACCGGGAUGGGAUUUGUCGCUCAUGGGGUCAGCACCAUUUUGAGACAUUUGACGGAAUGUACUACUACUUCCCUGGAACGUGUUCAUAUAUCUUGGCCAAAGAUUGUCACUCAACAGAGCCGCGGUAUACCGUCUGGGUUCACAACAGUCGUUCCUGUAGUGGCUCAGUGUACUCUUGUCCUCGUUCUCUCAGUCUGUUCUUUCCAAACGAGGAGGAGAUCCACAUUAGAGGCUAUCGGGUGCUAAAGGGGGAACAGAGACUGAAUUUGCCCCAAACGGUUCAUAAUGUCUUUAUUGAGCGUCUCGCUGACUACAUCCUGGUGAAGAGCACAUUUGGCUUCUCUCUGGCCUGGGAUGGAAGCUCUGGCGUUUACCUCAAAAUGACAGAGGAGCACAAAGGACGGCCUUGUGGCCUGUGUGGAAACUACAAUGAUGACGGAUCAGAUGAUCUCAGCACCAGCCUCGGUAUAAAAUCUGAAAAUGUUGCUGAGUUUGGGAACAGCUGGAUUGUGGACCUUCCCCAUGAACCGCCCUGUCCUGCUAUAGAUGAAAACUUUCCUGGACCAUGUUCCUCUGAGUCUGAAAUGGAUGAUGCCAUUGAGAAGUGCAGUGCUUUGCUUUUCUUUCCUUUUGUCUCCUGCCAUGAGAACAUAGAUCCCAAUCCGUUUGUCGCCAGCUGUGUGUCAGAUCUCUGUGUCUCACAUGAUGAUGAAACAUUUUGCCGGACACUGGUCGAAUACGCCAGAGCCUGCUCCCAUGUUGGUUAUCCAGUCCGAGAAUGGAGAGACAGCUUCCCUACAUGUGUGGAUGGAUGCGAAGAUAGCUUUGUCCAUAGAGACUGUAUCAGCUGCUGCCCCCCGACCUGCACUUUUGAAAAAGAGUGUCUCGGCACCAACCUACACUGCCUGGAUGGAUGCUACUGCCCCGAUGGUUUGAUUCUACAAAAUGGAACUUGUAUUGCGGCAUCUCAGUGUCCGUGUGUAUAUCAUGGCACAGCUUAUUCUUUGGGUCACGUUCUGGAGCUAGGCUGUACUGUCUGUGUCUGCAUGGGAGGAGUAUGGAACUGCACUGAAAACAAUUGCACUUCGGAGUGUACAGUGAUGGGUGACACACAUGUGACCACGUUUGAUGGCCGCAUCUACAUGCAUACGGGAAAGUGCCAGUAUGUACUAGCGAAAAGCCGUGGGAACACCAAGUUUACUGUCACAGUGCAAUAUGCAGCGUGUGGAGAGUCUCAGGAAGAUUCCUGUAGUCACUCAGUGACUCUCGUGGUGGAUGAAGACGUCAGCAGACAAGUCACCCUCAAUCGAGAAGGAGAGGUCAUUAUCGGGGCCAACAUGGUUUUUUCUUUGGGUUAUGUAGUCGCUGUGCGCAAGCUGACGUCUGUGUUCGUGGGCCUGCAAGCUUCCUUUGGACUGAAGCUCCAUUAUGACUGGCACGGUGGGAGAAUCUACCUGCAGCUGAACAGCGCGUGGACAGGUGGCACCCUCGGACUCUGUGGAACACUUAAUGGCAACCUGCGAGAUGACUUCCUCUCUCCAGCUGGUAUGAUCGAAGGGACACCACAGCUGCAUACCAACGCAUGGAAAGUGUCUUCAGCGUGUAUCAGCCCUGUUAACAUCCCCAUCAUCGAUCCCUGCGAGAUGAACCAACAAAACGCGUUCUAUGCGUCAGUGUGUGAGGUUCUGACUGGAGACGUGUUUGCUGCGUGCCACGCGUACGUCAGUCCCAGUGUGUAUCACCAGCAGUGUCGCUAUCAAGCCUGUCGGUGUGGCAGUGACUGCCUGUGCACUGCACUCGCCCAUUACGCCUACGUCUGCUCCAAACACCACAUCAACAUCUCCUUCAGAGCACAUGUCUCCGAAUGUGGCAUGGUCUGUUUAGGGGGAAUGAUGUACCAUCCUUGCACGACGUCAUGUGGGAGAACAUGCCAGUCAGUGAGUAGUGGUGAAGAGUGUGAUGGAGACUGUGCUGAAGGAUGUGGCUGCAUGGAUGAGAUGUUCUACGAUCAUGCACUUCUCAGUGUCACUGUUACUUCAUGGGUUCCGUCUUUCAGCCAGGAGAAGUGUCCUUCAGCUCCUCUGGGCCUUGAGCCUGAGACAGAUGAUUGUCCAAAUGGAAAAGUGUACUAUAGCUGCAGGGAUCCCCAGGGUGCAGGGCCGUCUGGUGUGGGCGUGGCCUGUGAAGUCACCUGUAGGAACUUGAUGCUGAACCUUACCUGUCCUCCUAUGACCCCCUGUGUGUCUGGGUGUGGCUGUCCAGCAGGGUUAGUUGGCCAUAAUGGAGGGUGCUAUUAUCCAGAAAACUGCCCAUGUGCCUGGCUUGGUCUGGAGUAUCUUCCAGGAGAGACAGUGGAUACUCCUUGUUACCGCUGUGUGUGUCAUCGUGGGUUCUUUAAUUGCACAUACUUUCCCUGUCCGGCUGUGUGCACUAUCUAUAGCGACCGUCAUUACCACACGUUCGACGGCCUGGAAUAUGACUAUGCUAGCGAUUGCCAAGUUUACCUUAUAAAGAGCGUAGGUGAUACAGAGAUUUCUAUUACGGCUCAGAAUAAGGACUGCUACGAGAGCGGAAUUGUCUGCAUGAAGACCCUGCUUAUCUAUGUCGGCCUCACUAAAAUCUACUUCAACGAUAACUCGGGCAGACCUGUAAGUCAUCUGUGUGUAACUGCAGCCUUUCAUGAGGACAACAUGAACCCUGUGUUUCUGUGGACAGCGGGCUACUACACGGUGGUCCAUUUCCCCAAGCAUGACUUGACUGUGCUGUGGGACAGAAAAACAACCAUCCACAUUCGUGCUGGGCCACGAUGGAAGGGUCAAUUCAGUGGCAUGUGUGGGAACUUUGACAUGGUGACGGUGAAUGACAUGACAACAGCGGGGCACAUGGAGGUCAGCAAUGCUCAGGCUUUUGGAAACAGCUGGGCUCUUGGCCAGUGUGAAAGUGAUUUUAUAGUGCGCAGACCAUGUGAAGCGGACCUGAGCAGACAACCAUAUGCUAAGCGAGAGUGUGCCCUUCUCUACAGUGAUGUUUUUGCUUCAUGCCACAAUGUGGUGGAUGUGGCCUGGUUUUAUAAAAACUGCCUGACAGACACAUGCAACUGCAAUCGAGGGGGUGACUGCGAGUGUUUGUGCACCAGCAUUGCUGCAUACGCACACAAGUGCUGCCAACACGGUGUCACGGUCCACUGGAGAUCUCCCACUGUCUGCCCGUAUGAUUGUGAAUACUACAACCAAGGUCUGGGUGAGGGUCCGUUCACUUUGUCUGCCACUGAGCUGAAUAAUGAUUCAGUGUGUGUGUUUGGAGCGAAUGUCAGUAGCGGAGAGGUGUUUCCUCUGCUGAAGACUAAUGCUCAGCCAACUGCCAUCUUCAACCUCAUGAUCACCAGCGGACUUUACAAGGAGCGAGCUUCACGACUCCCAACUGUCUCACUGGAGUCUGCCGAGCGCCCAAACUACUUCCUGUGUGUCACACCCAGUCGCAUCGUGCGCCUGGAGCGCUGGAGACCUGAUGAGGAUUUUCGUCGCCAGGCAACCUUCAUUCAUCACCAGGGCUUGUGGUUGCCUGGGCGGUCUUCCUUUGAGUUGCACAGCCAGAAGGGUGUCUUCAUUACACUCACACACACACAUGCACGUGCACAGAGCUACGACAACUCGUACUCUUUCAAGGCCAGCAGCAGCUUUACCAUUGAGGAGAGCAGUUUUGUGAUUCCGUAUCGACUGAUGUGCGAGUGGAAAUACCAUGCAUGUGCCAGCGCAUGUGUGAAAACAUGCAGCGAUCCUGAUGCCACACGCUGCCAGUUCUUGCCUCUUGUGGAAGGCUGUUUCCCACGCUGUCCGAAAACCAUGGUGCUGGAUGAAGUCACGAGGAGGUGUGUGUACCAAGAAGACUGCAUAACACUUUCUCCAACUCCUACUCCUUACAUGUUUGUGACCCGGUCUAACAGAACCACCGCAGCUCCUACCACGAUGGUUCCGACAACUCUGACCACAACCACAACUACCAUGACUGCUCCCACAACAACCACUUCUCCUACCACUGCAGGCACCACAAGCAUUACUGCAGCUCCUACUUCAGCCCCCACCACAUCUAUAUUUAUUCCAACAACUCCUGAAAUCCUUCCAUCUUCUCCACCAGUCACAGAAAGCCCGAUUGUUACUGCAACCCCGCCCACCACUAAGCCAACCACACACCCUACGACUACCUCUGUUACCACUACAUCACCGUCACCCAGCACGACCGAGAUACCAAGCACAACUGAGGAAACAACCACUUCCAUCAUCACUACUGCAACUCCUUCUACCACUCAUUCCAUAACAACAGCAACUCCUCUUAUCACCACAGAGACAGCCCCUGUUCCCAUAGUAACCAAGGAGGCUGUUAUUUUGACGUCGACAGCAGAAACACCCCCAGAAACAAUGUCCACUGCUCCCUCCUCAUCUCCCACGACACUCAGUCCUCCAACCACACUUCCUGCAUUCGUGCUCCCCACUGGACCCUGUACGCCUCCGUUCUCCGUGCGAGUUGAUGAGUGCAGUGAGUACAUCUGCUUUAAUGGGCAGCUGAUGCUCCACAACUCCUCCCAGCACUGCAGAUUCAACAUCACCCAACCGCAGUGUAACCUGCUGGGCAUGCCCAUUCGGAUCAACAUGGACCCCUGCUGUCCACUGUGGCGCUGUCCCUGCCGCUGCUCUAUAAUCUCAGACCUUCGUGUGAUCACAUUUGAUGGGAACAAUGUUGCUCUGUAUGAUAACGGCUCCUAUAUACUGGUCCACCUGCCCCGAGAGAACAUUGUUGGACAUGUCGAGAAAUGCCCCACCAGUGAGAGUGUGAACUACAUUAGACGACCUACUCCUACAGGUGGAACCUCUGGUCUGUGUUUUAAAAAGUUGAACAUAACCACUCAUGCCUACAGGAUCAUAAUCAGUCGCCUUGAUCGUAAGGUAUCUGUGAACCAGAUCACAGCUCGGUUGCCGUUCACCAGAUUGAACCUGCAUAUUGAUGACACGGGGACCAUGUACAUCAUUCACACCCCCAGUGGAAUGAGUAUCCAGUGGUACCACAGCACCGGCAUCAUGGUCCUACAGUACGGCGCACCUGAUAACACCUCCACCAGAGGCCUCUGUGGCUGCUGUGACGGUAACCCUGCGGAUGAUUUACGUUUGCCGAAUGGGACCGUGAUGCGAAACGUGGAGGACAUCCCUACGUUUCUUCACAGCUGGAUGGUGGACACAUCCGAGGAGACGGAUUAUUUCCGGAGAGUGGGAGACAACUGCACCACGGGAAACUGCACCAAAUGUUUUCAAAUGCUCAACCAAAGCCCCUUCUCCAAGUGUCACCACAAGGUUUCACCAGAGCAUUUCUGUGACAAAAUCUGGGCAGGAGACCUGCACUACAAGGAGCACGAGUGUGACUUUCUUGCUGCGUAUGUGGCCAUCUGUUACACUCACCAGAUCUGCUUCAGCUGGAGGAAGAACAACUUCUGCCCUCUGAAGUGUCCUCCUGGUAAAGAGUAUAAGCCGUGUGUGAACACUUGCAAGACGAAGACGUGUCAGAAUCGAGAUUACUACGAGGAGAGCACCUGUUCCUCCAUUCGAGAGGAAUGUGUGUGUAAGAGUGGUACCAUUCUGCACCGAGCCGACUCUGCGUUCUGCGUCACUGAGGAACAGUGUGUGUGUACAGAUAACAAUGGUUCCCCACGGGCCCCAGGAGAGGUGUGGAACGGUUCUCUGCGAGGCUGCUGUCUGUUCACCUGUCUGGAGAAUGGCAGUGUCGUCCCAGUGGAGCCCGAGUGUCCUCCUGAACCCGCCCCUCUGUGUGAGCGUGAGGGAGAGUACUACAUUGAUGUGCUGGAGGAGGGCGCUUGUUGCCCCAAAAAGAUUUGUGAGUGUAACAUGACAAUGUGCCAGAAUGACAUUCCUUCCUGUGAGAUUGGGAACAAGCUGAUGAUUGGAUACAACACCCUGUCCUGCUGUCCCGAAUAUCGAUGUGAAUGUGACCCCCUGUCCUGUCCCAGUGUCCCAAUGCCAGAAUGCAAAGAGGACCAGUUCUUGGUGGAGGUCAGAGGGCAGCAUUCUUGCUGCUAUAACUAUCUAUGUGUGUGUGAGUCCUGUAUGGAGCCCAUUCCAGUGUGUCCGUCUGGAGAGGUUUUGGCUGUGGAUAUGAACACUACUCAUGAUUGCUGUCCUCAUUAUCACUGUGUGUGUGAUACGAACCUGUGUCCUGAACCCAGCAUUAGCUGUGCUCCCGGUACUGCACUUGUUAAGAAGCCUGUACCUGGCAGCUGCUGUCCAGAUAUCCACUGUGAGUGUCAGUGUGACGGUAUCGCACAGCCCCAGUGCACUGUGGGAGAAAUUCAAGUGGAGGAGCCAGAUGACAGCAAUACCUGUGGCUGCAUUCAGUACCUGUGCAAGAAGGCAGAUGUAUGUUUAUUUCAGGGAGUGACUGUGCUGAGUCCAGGCCAGUCCAUGGUGCAGUACGUUGAGGGAGAGUUGUGUUACACUGUGCAGUGCCUCUCAUACAGAGACCCCAACACGGGUUUCUACGCCAUGGACGUAACCACUUCAAACUGCUCUGAAAAGUGUGAACCUCACCAGGUCUAUGUCCCGUCCUCUGACCCCUACGUGUGUUGUGGCUCGUGUAAAAACGUCUCCUGUUCAUUUACCAGUGAAAACGGAACUACAGAAGUAUUUAUGGCAGGUAGCUCUUGGGUGUCUAACUGCACACGUUUCGACUGCAUCGAGACAGCGGUUGGGGUGGUGAUUCUCGCCUCUGGAGUCGUCUGCCCUCCCUUCAAUGACACCGAGUGUAUUCAGAAUGGAGGUGUGGUGCAGACGUAUGUUGAUGGCUGCUGCAAGACAUGUAAAGAGGAUGGUAAAACAUGCAAAAGGGUUGCCAUCAGGACCACUAUCAGGAAAGAUGACUGCAGAAGUAAUACACCAGUAACAGUAUACUCCUGUGAUGGGAAAUGUCCAUCUGCCACCAUAUUUAACUUCAACAUAAACAGCCAUGCACGUUUUUGCAAGUGCUGUCGUGAAAAUGGCCUACAGAACCGCAUCAUCCAGCUGUACUGCACUCGCAAUGCUACUUCUGUGGAAUACAACUUCCAGGAGCCGAUGGACUGCUCAUGCCAGUGGAACUGA